AUGAGGCCACCACUGUCCAAAAGAUGGUCAUACACCCGAGUCAUCGGAAACCAAGCCAAGAAAGCCUACAAACGAGAGGUGAGAGCCAAUUGUAGAGCACCUCGACACGACCGUAUUGUACCGCUCUUAGCCGCAUUCAAACAUCGGGAAAAAUUCCAUUUGAUACUACCAUGGGCACGUGGAGGCAACCUCGCGGAUUUAUUCCAGAACUAUGCCACAUCGACAGAGACUAAGACUGAGGAGCAGCAAGUCGCUGAUUGGUACUCCGAGCGAUGGCUAUUGGCCCAGUGCUUGGGGCUAGCUGAUGGGCUGGCUGCGGUGCACCGAACAAGCGACAACCCACCCACAUCAGCUCAGAUACAUGCCGAUAUCAAGCCUGAGAACAUUCUGUGCUUCGCCCUCGGCGAAGCAGAUCACGGUCCAUUUGAUCUGAAGCUUGCAGAUUUCGGUGAAGCGCAGGAGGUAGACCCGGAGACCAACACAGUCCCAGUAAAGCGUGUACCUCACACAAAGACCUAUCGCCCACCAGAACAUGACACAGAUGAUAUUUUGCAUCUCAACUACGACGUAUGGUGCCUCGCUUGUGUCUUUAUAGAGUUACUUACUUGGGCAAUUGCCGGGUCUGAAGCUGCAGACAAAUUUGAGCUAGGUCGCCUUGCAGAACGUGACGAACGCAAGGCCACCACUGCGGGAGGGAAUGUCUUUGCCGAUACGUUUUUCAAAAAGGUGUCAACGCGCCUAAAACACAGGCUCGAGCCUCAAAUCAGAAUUAUUCAUACGAGCAAGACCGCCGAUGGUGAGGAUAAAGAAGAUGCCGAGGAUGCUGUUGUCAAGACACAAGUCAUACAGGUCAGUACCCCUGCCUUUACCUCUCGCUACAUCAAGUAG